CCCGGCGAUGAACAGCCUGGGGCCUAGCAGGUGUCACGGUCCCUGUCUUAUCUAUGACGUGACAGCUCAGCGCCGACCUGCACAUGCCCUGGGCCAGCAGGCGGUCCCCACCAGGACCACGGGGGGCAGGAGGGCAGCCCCUCCAUGCGGGUCCCACCCAGUGUGGGGAAGCCCAUGUACCCCUGCCCAUCAUGGCCACCCCUCAGGGCCGUUGGGCCAGGCAGUCCCCUUGGUCCGGGAGCAGCAGGGACACUCCCCUCUGGGACCAGCUGCCACCUGGAGUCGCCUGGGUCCAGGUCCCCAGUGCCCUGUGGAUCACUGUCCUCCAUCCUCAGGCCGGGCUGCUUGGGGCAACCCCCACCCAGGUCUCUGCUCCCCUAGGGACCUUCCAGAGGCAGGGGUGAGGUGGUGUGAGGACCGGAGUGGGACAGAGGGUUCACGGAGCCCCUCGGUGAAUCUGGGCAAGGUGCUAGGGCUUGGUCAUGGGGCCCCUUGGUGAAUCUGGGCAGGGUGCUAGGGCUGGGUCAUGGGGCCCCUUGGUGAAUCUCGGCAGGGGUACUAGGGCUUGGUCAUGGGGCCCCUUGGUGAAUCUCGGCAGGGGUACUAGGGCUUGGUCAUGGGGCCCCUUGGUGAAUCUGGGCAGGGUACUAGGGCUGGGUCAUGGGGCCCCUUGGUGAAUCUCGGCAGGGGUACUAGGGCUUGGUCAUGGGGCCCCUUGGUGAAUCUGGGCAGGGUGCUAGGGCUGGGUCAUGGGGCCCCUUGGUGAAUCUUGGCAGGGGUACUAGGGCUUGGUCAUGGGGCCCCUUGGUGAAUCUGGGCAGGGUGCUAGGGCUGGGUCAUGGGGCCCCUUGGUGAAUCUCGGCAGGGGUACUAGGGCUUGGUCAUGGGGCCCCUUGGUGAAUCUGGGCAGGGUACUAGGGCUGGGUCAUGGGGCCCCUUGGUGAAUCUGGGCAGGGUGCUAGGGCUGGGUCAUGGGGCCCCUUGGUGAAUCUCGGCAGGGGUACUAGGGCUGGGUCAUGGGGCCCCUCAGUGAAUCUGGGCAGCGUGCUAGGGCUGGUUCAUGGGCCCUUCCCUGAAUCUGGGCAGGGUGCUAGAGCUGGGUCAUGGGGCCCCUCCCUGAAUCUGGGCAGGGCACCAGGGCUUGGUCAGGCCUCCAUCCACCUCCUGCUCCCCAGCGCAGCCCUCAGUGGCCACGGGCGGCACAGGUGAGUCAGGUGUGCCCCGACCCCAGCCGGACACAGUCGGGGGGCCGCAGAGGGAAGCCUAGGGCUGGGAGGGCUUGUGCUCUGGUCCCCGGGGCUGGGUGGCGGGACCCUGCUGUGUGGGAACAGGGGAGGCCCGAGUGAGUGAGUGGGGGGGGCUGGCAGGAAGGGGCGCCCCCCCGGUCCAGGGUGGGGUACGGCGGGGCCCACGAGCCCCGGGCCCCCAGUCCAGGUGGGGGGCUCAGGAGGAUAAUGGGGCUGCGUCAGGCCUGUCAUGGAGACACAGCCGCUGGGGGGAGCCGUCGCCCCCCAGCCGCCACUGACACUGUUCCUGCUCUAGGGGCCGCAGGAGGCAGCGCUUGGGCCUCACUUGGGCACUUCAGGCCUGUGGCUCGUGGGGAGACAGUCUGGUACCACACGCCUUGGGGUGCCUCACCCCACGAUUUCCCUGCGUCUUCCUGUCGCCCUGCCUGCCAGGCGCCCGCAGGCUCCCAUUCCCACGUGGGGCUCUUGCCGGCCCACCCAGAGCUCCGGUCCUGCUGCCGCGCCUGGGGUGCUAGAGCCCGGCACCCAACACGCGGACUCUCAGUGGGAGCAGAAAUGUCCCGAACUCCACUCUCCUUGCCGUGCAUGCUGCCAGCCGACCGGGCGUCGGGCCCUUCUGUGCAGGGGCUGCGCCACGUGCAGGCAGGGAAGUGGGCUGUGGUCUGUGGUGUGGGCACCUUGGGGUGUAGAGUCCACGCUGCGUGUGGCGCUGCCCGCGGUCUGGCUCCAGGGCCAGCUCUCCGUGAGCCUCUCCCAGCUGGGCCCCCCCCCAGAGCUCGCGUCUGUCCCCAUGCACCGCGACUCACAGGUCGUCGGGCCUUGGGAUGGGCCAGGAAGGGCCAGCGACAGCCGCCGUGGGACCCUUGGGCUGCGUGCCCUUGAGGGAGUCAGGAGGCCGCAGGCACCCGCGUGUGCAUCUGUGAAGGGCGAGAGCACCGCAGCCGUGAGGAGUCGCGCGGGGGUCGCGCCGGUGCCAAGACUGUGCGCGUCAGGUGACAUUCCUCAGGCCCCCGCGCAUGCAGGCGGGUGCUGAGUCGGGCCCCCACCCCGCGGGCACCGAUACGCUUCCUGAAUGUCCCCAGGCCGCCUGGCCCCGGUUCAGACCUCCUGGGACCCCCCCCCCACGCCCCGAACUCCUGUUUGGUAACUGGUGUUCCCGUGAGCUCGGGGCCGUGCGUGUCCACCGCCCGUGUGUGCACACGUCUCCCGGGAGAGCCUUGUUGGCUACAGCCCAGCUGUGAGCACGUGUUCAGGAGCCGGGGUGCAGCUGCUUUUGCCACGUGCUCCAUCCCCGCGGGCGCCCAGGACGCGGGGACCCCCAGUAUCCCUAGGCUUGGCAGGAGGCCUUGCUCCCCCAGAUGGCCUGCACGGUUGACAUAGUCCAGCACCCUCUGCCCCAGGCCACACCUGCGCUGCCCUUUCUCCUUCCUCUAGAGGCCGCUGCUCGAGACGACCGCUGCCAGCUCAGCAGUGCGCCCGUGCCGCUCAAGCCCCCAACAAGCACCUGCUGUGGGCGUCUGUGUGUACCCCGUGGCCGGCCCUGUCCCUGGUCCCCGUCAUACCCCCUCACGGCGGCCAGUGCGGGAAGCUCUGUGUGGCCCCAUGUAGAGACGACGACGCAGAGGCACAGCCCUGCACAGCCCGAGAGCGCGUGUCCCUGCUCCUUCCUCACCUGCAUGUCUGCACGGGCAGGGAGUAGCCAGGGCCCAUGAAGGCAGAUGUGGAGGUGCCCUUUGGAGACGUGCUGGAGAGGGCCAAGGCAGGGGACGCCAAGGCGCAGACGGAGGCGGGGAAGCACUACCUGCUCCUGGCGGGCACCAGGGACGAGGAGCUGAACAACUGCACGGCUGUCGACUGGCUCAUCCUCGCUGCCAAGCAGGGCCGGCGCGAGGCUGUCAAGCUCCUGCGCAGGUGCCUGGCCGACAGGAAAGGCAUCACUUUUGAGAACGAGCAGGAGGUGAAGCAGCUCUCCUCUGAGACCGACCUGGAGCGGGCGGUGCGCAAGGCGGCCCUGGUCAUGUACUGGAAGCUCAACCCCAAGAAGAAGAAGCAGGUGGCCGUGUCCGAGCUGCUGGAGAACGUGGGUCAGGUCAACGAGCAGGAGGGAGCGGCACAGCCGGGCCCCAUCCCCAAGUCCCUCCAGAAGCAGAGGCGGGUGCUGGAGCGCUUGGUCAGCAGCGAAUCCAAGAGCCACAUAGCGCCGGACGACUUCGUGGAGAUCACCAAGAAGUACGCCAAGGGCAUCAUCCCCGCCAACCUGUUCCUGCAGGACGACGACGACGACGAGCUGGCCGGCAAGGGCCCCGAGGACCUGCCCCUGCGUCUGAAGAUGGUCAAGUACCCGUUGCACGCUGUCAUGGAGAUCAAGGAGUACCUGAUCGAUGUGGCCUCGCGGGCGGGCAUGCACUGGCUGUCCAGCAUCGUGCCCACCCAGCACAUCAACGCCCUCAUCUUCUUCUUCAUCAUCAGCAACCUGACCAUCGACUUCUUCGCCUUCUUCAUCCCGCUGGUCGUCUUCUACCUGUCGUUCGUCUCCAUGGUGAUCUGCACCCUCAAGGUGUUCCAGGACAGCAGGGCGUGGGAGAGCUUCCGCACCCUCACGGGCCUGCUCCUGCGCUUCGAGCCCAACCUGGACGUGGAGCAGGCCGAGGUCAACUUCGGCUGGAACCACCUGGAGCCCUACGUGCACUUCCUGCUGUCUGUCUUCUUCGUCAUCUUCUCCUUCCCCAUCGCCAGCAAGGACUGCAUCCCCUGCUCUGAGCUGGCCGUCGUGUCCAUCUUCUUCACCGCCACCAGCUACGUGAGCCUGAGCUCGUCUGCCGAGCCCUACACCCGGAGGGCCCUGGUGACCGAGGUGGCCGCCGGCCUACUGUCCCUCCUGCCCACCCUGCCCUGCGGCUGGCAGCACCUGAAGCUCCUGGGCCAGACCUUCGUCACCGUGCCCCUGGGCCACUUGGUCGUCCUGAACGUCAGCGUCCCCUGCCUGCUGUACGUGUACCUCCUGUACCUCUUCUUCCGCAUGGCGCAGCUGCGGGGCUUCAAGGGCACCUACUGCUACCUGGUGCCCUACCUGGUCUGCUUUAUGUGGUGUGAGCUGUCCGUGGUCAUCCUGCUCGAGUCCACCGGCCUGGGGCUUGCCCGAGCCACCGUGGGCUACUUCCUCUUCCUGUUCGCGCUCCCCGUCCUGGUGGCCGGCCUGGCGCUCAUGGGCGUGCUGCAGCUUGCCCGCUGGUUCCUGUCGCUGGAGCUCACCAAGGUGGCCGUCACUGCGCUGCUGUGCAGCGUCCCCCUGCUGUUCCGCUGGUGGAGCAAGGCCAGCUUCUCGCCGGUGGCCAUGGUCAAGUCCCUGACGCGGAGCUCCGUCGUCAAGCUCAUCCUGGUGUGGAUCACGGCCAUCGUGCUCUUCUGCUGGCUGUAUGUGUACCGCUCGGAGGGCAUGAAGGUCUACAACUCCACGCUCACCUGGCAGCAGUACGGCUUCCUGUGCGGGCCCCGGGCCUGGAAGGAGACCAACAUGGCCCGCACCCAGAUCCUGUGCAGCCACCUGGAAGGCCACAGGGUCACAUGGACGGGCCGCUUCAAGUACGUGCGGGUGACGGAGAUCGACAACAGCGCCGAGGCGGCCAUCAACAUGCUCCCGCUCUUCGUGGGCGACUGGAUGCGCUGCCUGUACGGCGAGGCCUACCCGUCCUGCAGCCCCGGCAAUGCCUCCACGGCCGCGGAGGAGCUAUGCCGCCUGAAGCUCCUGGCCAAGCACCCCUGCCACAUCCGCAAGUUCGACCGCUACAAGUUCGAGAUCACGGUGGGCAUGCCCUACAGUGGCGCCAACGGCUCCCGCGGCCCAGAGGAGGACGACGUCACCAAGGACAUCGUGCUGCGGGCCAGCGGCGAGUUCAAGGACGUGCUUCUCGGCCUGCGCCACGGCAGCCUCAUCGAGUUCAGCACCGUCCUCGAGGGCCGCCUGGGCAGCAAGUGGCCCGUCUUCGAGCUCAAGGCCAUCCGCUGCCUCAACUGCAUGGCACAGCUGUCCCCCGCCCGGCGCCACGUGAAGAUAGAGCACGACUGGCGCAGCACCGUGCACGGCGCCGUCAAGUUCGCCUUUGACUUCUUCUUCUUCCCGUUCCUGUCGGCCGUGUGAGCCCGUCCCCGCCCGCCUCCCCCGGGCCGCCCAGCUGAGCGUGCGCCUGUGCCCACCGGCCUGCGGACACCUCUGGUCGCCGCCCGUCCCGGGCACCAGCACCACAGGAACUGCCUGCAGCGUUGGGAGUCGACGUGGCCGAGAGCUGGCGGGGAGAGCACCUUCCAGGGGAGGCCCCGCCCACCUGCCCCUUCACUGUCCUGCACCGCUGGCGUCUCUUAUUUAUUGGGUCACUGCUAAGCUUCGACAGCUGUCUGCCGGAGCGGGGCUGGGGCAGGCAGGGGGCGGGGAGGGGAGGGGCGGCUCUGGGCGCUUGGGGCUCGAGGGUCAGCGUGCAGACGAGGGGCCGAUGCACCCAGGAUGGGGACUUGGACAUGGGAGGCACCCGCGCCGUCCCCUCCUGCGCCGUCCCCGCCCGGCGCUCAGAAGAGUGUGGCCCUGCUCCAUGCCGGACACAGAACGUCAAGGUCCAGAUGCAGCUGAAAUAAAAACACUUCACGAAACCUA